AUGAAGGCUCUUUCUUCCUCUCUCCAUUUCCUCAGAAUGCUCCCCUUCCUUCCCUUUUCUUCAACCAACCAUCGCUGCUCGGCUAUAAUUGUUGAGCCUGGGGAUGAAAUUACGAAGGAAGAGAAAGAAGAAAGCUUCUGCUAUGCCAUGCAGCUGGUGGGUUCUUCUGCGCUGUCCAUAUCUCUGCAAUCAGCAAUUGAGCUUGGCGUUUUUGACAUCAUAGCCAGAGAGGGUCCAGGCGCCAAGCUCUCUUCGUCUAAGAUCGCAGCCAAGAUUGGCACCAAGAAUUCUGAGGCACCCAUGAUGAUGGAUAGAUCCUCAGGCUCCUCACCAGCCACUCUGUUCUCCAUUGCUCUCUUGUUGCUGCUAAUGAGGAUGAAAAUGGUGCGUGGUUCUGAUUUUCAAAGGGUCUAUAGCCUUGGCCCUGUAUCUAAGUACUUUGUGAAUGAUGAAGAAGGUGGUUCUUUGGGCCCCUUGUUGGCAUUGGAUCUUCUUCAUGAAAGCUAG